AUGCAGUCUGUGCACAGGCAGUUUGGCAAGUUCAUGAAAAGAUCAGCGGACGACAGCCAAGUCUCGGUCUUGCUGAAGGAUUUUGACGAGGCGGAUAAGCUCUUGGCCAAGAUCAUCGAGUCAACGAAAGCGUGGCGUGACGCAUGGGUAUCGAUAUUGACGUACCAAGGCAGACUGGUCAAUGAGUUUGAAGUUUUAUAUGCACCGAUUGUCGGAUCGUCGGAUACAUCCAAUACUCGACCAAGUGUCGCAACACCACCAGCCAUCCUGGCGAGGACCAACCGCCUUAAUGAAGAGUACGAGUCGCUUCGGACGGACUUGUUGGAAGAGGUCAAUGCCGUUGAUAGUCGAAUGAUCCAGCCAGCUCAGCGGGCGAAGGAGCUAAUCGCACCUUUGAAGAAAACAAUAAAGAAACGAGAAGACAAGAAAUUGGAUUUCGAACACUACCAAAACCGAGUCGACAAUUCUCUAAAGAAGGCCAAACGUUCAGACCGUGACAAUGCUGCUUUGGCCAAAGCUGAGAUAGACUUGUCGCGGGCAAAAGAGGAGUAUAACGCCGCCGAUGAGAAUCUGCGACAGCGCCUGCCACCGCUGAUCGCCGCCGUGUUUUCCCUCCUACCACAUAUUCUUGAUUCGCAGAUCAACAUCCAGUAUACCCUCCUAGCUAAUUACUACACAGUCCUUCACACCUACUCGGAGGAAGAACAAUUUCCGUCUCCUCCACCGGCCAUGGAGCAGGUAAUUCAAGACUGGAAAGGUCAAUUCCUGCCCGUUCAACAGGAAGCCGAAGGCUUCGCAUGCAUUGCCAAUGGGAAAGCAAUACGCACCAGCGACGACCGUCGCAGUGGGAGUCAUAGCAAUGGGAUUGGCGCACGACGUCCAAGCAACAAUCGACAGCUCUCGGCAUCAUCAUCAGCAACGUCACCGAAUCGAGGUAUUCCUCCACCAGCACCAAACCUGGAUACCAAACCGCGAAUGGGGGACUACCUGUCGACUUCCCCAUCGCCAAACCCAACUCAUCUCAGCCCGCCUUCCCCAGACUACUCCUCCUCCAUUCCUCAGACUUCUUCUAUUGCUGGUGGAAACGCACCAGCAGGUCCUCGAGGUGACUACUUCAGCCGCGAAAGACAGCCAUCGUCAUCAUCAAACGUGACAACACCGGGCGGUUGUCUUGGGUCAAUUGCGAAAAAGAAACCGCCUCCACCCCCUCCACCGCGUGCACCUUCGGCAACUCGUGCAGUAUACGUGACGGCACUAUACGAUUUCGGGGGCCAAGGACAGGGCGACCUAGUCUUCCGAGAGGGAGAUCGUAUCCGUGUUAUCAAGAAAACAGAUAGCACGGACGACUGGUGGGAAGGUGAGCUCCAUGGUAUUAAAGGCAGUUUCCCGGCAAAUUAUUGUCAGUAA